GUGGUAGUGGCGGCGUCGGCAGGAAGGGGUAGGGCUGAACGCAUCCCUGCUAGAUCGGCUACCUGCCCGCCGCCAACCCUGUCCAUUCCGCGACGCUACCCCAGUACUCGGGCGAACGCUAGCACCCGCGCACGCGACAUCCCUCCGUGACGGGGGUGCGCGCCACCGUGUGCCAUCCGCAUGUACGUGUGUGUGUGCGCGUAUGCUCGCCGAGGGUGCUGCCGAUCACAGUGGCAGCCAGCGUGGUGCAGCCAGCAGCGUGACGUAGCCAUCCCGCGUGGCACGCUAAUAGCUCGAUCAACCCUCGCGCCCGUGCCGCGCGAGGGUGCACGGGGUGCCUAGAAGCGUCACGACCUCCCGCAUUAGGCGCACGAGAGGAGCUAGCCGCGGACCUCUGGUCAGCAUCCGCGAGAGAUAGUAGAGGAGUAAUGUAGCGUUGCCAGUAAUUGUGUACAGAAGAGUCGCGAGUAGGUUGGAAGGACUUCAAGUUCUUUUCGGGGAGGGUUGAGAAAGAGCAUCGGAUGCCGCAACCGAUCUUGAAAGAUCGAUAGGCGAAGAGGAUUAUCUCUAGAAGAUUGAAGAUUGAAAAUUAUCUUUAAUAAAAGUGUAGCCACUGGAAGGAUACGACAGCAGUGUAACGGACACUUAAAGACUUCGCGAUGAGAGACUGAGAGACGCGAAGCACAACGACAGCACCGGCGAGCACAGUAACAUCAAGUAUUUCUCGUCUAUACUUUCAACACAUCCGCGCGUGCACAUCUGCGCGAACAGUGGGUCCGAUUAAUCAUCCCGUAAAGCGGACACUUGUGGAAGAGAUACUCGCGUAUGAUGGAAACGCGGGCGCCGGCGGGGCCGCUGAUAGAAAUUUACGGCAACCGCGGGGAAUCAUCCGCCUCGUCGGGCACGGCGAAUCAUCUGAUAUUUGCCAUCAGAUAAUGCACGGCCGUCGCCGAUAAUGGAGCGCGAAUCCGGCUAAGAAGAAUCCUCGCAUCGCGAAGCUGACCGAGGACGGUUCGCCGAACAUCGAUUGGCUCCGGGCAGCAGAAGGAAUCCGGAUUCCUUCCUGACGAGGGCGAGCACGCCCGAGGGAGCGAGCUAAUCGGGCGUGCGUGCAGUCACAUCAUCAACCGCCCGCGACUUCGGAUCCGCGGCGACGAGAGGCGCGAGACAUCGGAUCGAAUGAGGAUUCAUCGAUACUUUAUCUCUCCCGCCGAUCGCGCCAAUGAAACUGUCAGAUAAUGCCAGCGGAAUGCUCGCCCAAGUAUCGAGGUGUCUACGCGAAACGCGCACGUCGUUUAGCGGCACACGAGAGAAAUAGGGACAGACGUCUCUCACGGUUUUCGACACGGUGAGGAAACAGAGAGGAUAGACAAUUUCCCUCGCACCGGGCGUCGGUGCAAGAAGCACCCGGCCGCUAAUGCGGACGUAUUGGAAGGGCGGUGAUUACCAGCGGCUUUUAUGCGGUUUGUAGCUGUUAACCGUUACCCGGGGAAGAAGAUCGUUAGUAGCUUCGCCCGGAAAUCCCGCGGAAGAUUAAUGAACGGUGCGACCGGCAGAGCGGCGUCGGGGCGAAAGUAACCGGGCGAUAAGGAAACCCGAAACCGAAAGGGGAUAAACAACGUCGCGGCUCUCUCCCGCGUUCUCUCCCACCCCUCUUAUCAUCAGAUCCGGCGAUCGGCUUGAUGCUGUCGCGCUUCCUGCAGGAGCUGUCGUCAGCGGACAACAGGAGCGCUGCGGGAGUGGCGAAGGGACGGAAGGAGGAGGGCUUGUGAUCAUUUCGGCAGCGGGCCGAUCGUUCCCGCACCGAAACAACCGAUCGCGGUAACGUCGCCACGAUCGCCGCCGAUGAGGCUGGCGAUGUGACGGUGAAGGCAGGCGAAGAGAUGACGGUGACGGUGACGCCGUCGACUUCCGACGUCGCCGACAAGGCGGUGUCGACGGACGAUGGCGGCGUCGGCGGCGUCAGCGGCGGCGGCGGUGGCGGCGGAAGCGGCGGCGGUGGCAUGGAUGUGGCGCGUCUCGAAGCGGUCCUCGCCGCCCUGGUGGAAACGAAGGUGGAGGCGAUGAAAGCGUCGUCGACGCUCAGCCGACGUUCCGGCAGCGCGCCCGCCAGCCCGCGCCGACCUAGAUUGACCUCGACCUCGACGGCCUCCUCCUCCCUGAACCAUCACCAUCAUCAUCAUCACCAUCACCAUCAUCAUUCGCAGCAGCAACAGCAGCAGCAGCAAUACAAUAAGAAGAAGGGCCAGCAUCAUCAUCAUCAUCAUCAUCAUCAGCAACAGCAGCAGCAGCAGCAGCAGCACCACCACCGCCAUCGUCGCAGACGUCAUGACUCCGCGCCCUGCGGCAGUGAUUACCUCAAUAGCGCGACGGAUCAUUCUCAGCACAAGUUAACUAAUGGAAGGGGACGGAGAAGAGCCUCCGAAAGUCCUCGAAGCCCUCGAAAGAAGCGCAGGCAUUCGAGGAGCCCAAAUGUUCUUCAAGGCGUCGUCCAAGACGUUCACGCCGGCCUCGAUUCGCGCUUCGAGCUGCUCGGCAUCGACGGCGAUCAAGACGUGGCCCUAAUAAAUUUCGAAAGGGCUAAAGAAGUCCUCGGCGACUCCUGCGAAUAUCCGCGGCUGCACCGAAGUGCCUGCUACUUUUCUCAAAGCGCAGCUCAAUUAAAAAUUCAUUACGACGAUGACGACUACGUGGCGUUGAACGUAGCCGACGAGCUGGAGGAGGAGGAGACUCUGAGCGGACCGGAGAAGGUGGACCAGUCUCAGGGAAGGUAUCACCGACCGCGAAGAAAGCGCAAACGUAAACGGCGCAAGAUCGAUCCCGUCGUCGGUCCGGAAGAGGAACUCGUCGAUCCGGAGGAACUCCCGCCUCGUGCACGAUGGACGAUCGUCGCGACCGCUUGUCUUUUGCUCGCCAUGUCCUUGCUCCUGGUCGGUGUUACGCUGCGAAUGGCGCCUAUAAUUGACGACAUGGUGCGGAAGGAGAACGAGGAGCUGCUGAACUCCCUGAACAGAGACAUUUCCGUGCCCGAAAACGUCACGGCGCCUCCCUAAGACGGAGUGAAUUCUUCCGGACGGAAAUGGCAUCGCUCGUCCGUCUAUCUCGAUUCGCUUCGGCUACGUGACACGAAGUGUCUCACCACGACGACACAUCUUACGACGACGACGGCGGGCAAACGUGCUUACGUCGUUCAGGAAUCAACACGUCGCCAAUGCGUUUUCGCUUUGAUGGUGACGUCCGGAGAUUCAGGGGAGAAAUUCCGAGGCGACGCGACGGUGAGAAAAAUCGACAGGUCUCGGAUCAGCAGCACGCUGAUUAGGUGUAUCGCAGCGUUUUAACGCGACGGACGCGUCCCUAUGUAUAUAAAUAAAUAUAUAAAUAUAUAUAUAUACAUAUACAUAUGUAUGUGUGUAUAUAUAUGUGUGUGUGUGUUUGUGUACAGCGAAAAGUCCGCGACAUACCGUGUCGCAUCGUCAAUUGUAUUGUUGCCGCGUUGUUCGAAAACGUCGCAUUGGUACACAUAUACAUUUCGCAUCGACGCAGACUAGGUGCCCUCAAUUCCAGCAAGCUUGGUCAAUAAGGACUCGCUCCGAUUAGAGAAACACAAAGGCAGAAUACAAUCUGCUUAGUUAUCGGUGAAGUUUGGCCAAAUUAACCAUCGAGAUCUAACGUGGUAACUUAAACUCAACAGUAAAAUGUUUGUUUGAUCAAAUAAAUGCGCAUUGAAUUAGCAAUUUCUAAUGUCUUGUACAGUCCUGGUAAUCGUUCAUCUCAUUCGGUCUGGCAUGCGUGAUCUGUCAUAGUGAAUCGCGAAGCGAUUGAGCGAUCAAGAUUAAGGGCGUAUGGCCUGCGUGGAAGCGAGCCGUAACUCUUCAGGAAGCGCGAUUACGAUCUUUGACGAGAGUUCGCGCAGUUUCGUUGCGCAUUUUAUUUCCGACUGUAGGUCGCACACCGAAACGUCAACAACGAAGAAACGAUUUAGAAGAAGUCACGCGAGGGGACGUGCCGUACCAUAGACGCGGCACUUGACCGUCCGUCUGUCGGUGAAGAAAUCGGCCGGUAGGCGAGACCUUCUCUCGUCUAUUUGCUUCCUUCGGAUGCGAGUGGCUGAACGUGAUCCGAAUCGCGAGCAUCAAUUCGCGUGAGUGUCAACGAGCUUCACGGGUUUUAUUAGCGGGCCCGCGAGAAAUCGUAUCGGACAUUCGGACAAGACCGACGUAGGACGUGGGAUGGUCCUCGGUGCUUUUUUUACAUGUCUUCCAGGACGAGAAAGGAAACGAGCUCAACGAACGGGGGCUCUCGGGGAUUCCCGCCGAUUCCUCGCGCCGACGACGGCCCCGGUAGGCUUUUCGUGCGUGUAGAAUAAAGCUGUACAUAAAGAAACAUUCGUUAUUAACAAUCGUUUGUAGUUACGCACGUCGGGAGGAUAAUCGCGAUAAGGGCCAAAUUUGUUGUUGUCAAUUGUAAAAUAAAUUGUCAUAAAAGAUACCCGCCGAGAUCGCGCGACGCGGAGAAAAGAGAGGUGAAAAGAAAUGGAGUACUGAUGAUCGGCUAUUAAAUUGUACGUGUGUAUUUGUGACUGUGACAUUAUUGUACACGUAAGGAUUUUAUAAUUCACGCUUCGCAGCCGAAGUAUUUUUAUUUAGCUUCAUUCUCCGCUACACCGUCGAUGCAAUUUCCCGUUUCGCUUUGUGACUAAUUGCUUAAAGUUUUAUCGGAUAUUUUUCGCUAUGAUGACGGCGAUUCAGUAAAAAUUUUUUUUCCGAUACAUUUAUUCCGCAAUCCUUUCCCGCGACCAUGGAAAAUGUAUGUCGAGCAUAAUUCGAUUCUAUAAAUCUUAUAUUUCGCAAUUAAACAAUAUCCGAUAGCGAAAUCCAUGAAAUUUAUAUUCUAUAUAAAUUUAUUAAAUUUCUGCACACAGUCCAAUGUUCAUUAUUUUUAAUCGUUACUCGCGGUGAAAAUAUUUUAAAUUUUUAACAUCAAAUUUUAUCGUUUCGCGUUUGUUCUACUUGUUUGUUCGUGAUUGAAAUUAUUUCAAUUUGAAACGUCAGGUCAAAAUUAAUGUCUGCAACACACGACAUCUCGUGGGCCAGUAAAAGGGUCAGUGAUAUACCUCGAUAAAAUAAAAUAUAGUUUUUCAUACAUAUGGAUACCGGUUAUACACCGAUAGAUACAAUCUGGUUUGUGCUGAAAAAUAACCGUCACAUUUAGCAACACAAAAGUUCUCGGUGACACAACGGGGUCGAACUUCAAUAUCGCCAAAGUUGAAAGAAAUUUAUAGGAAUUUCGUGAAAAUUUCUCUCGUUCACAAAAGCUUUUCUCGCGUCGAAUACACCGGGUAAAUUGAAUCGUUCGGAUUUAUAUAUGAACAUUAUUUUCUUUCAAAACUAUGACAUUUAUCGCACUGUGUUUUUUUAGCGCUUGAAGCGCGCAGCGCAUUAAAAUGUAAACACAGUCACCGCCGUAUAUGCCAUUUUUAUUUAUCUUUCCGCAUGAACGUGGAAAUGAAUGUGAUAUCCCCGCGUAAAGUGAUUUUAAUUCGGAGCGUAUCGGUUUUCCGAGUGGAGCUCGGCCCGUGGUUUCGAAUCACUGCGAAGUUUCGCUAGCGCGAUCGCUACGACGGGCAAGACUUUUUUUCUAUCCGACAGUGAGAGAUAAUGCACGAUAAUCGAUCUAUAAAUACUGUCGGAGUUUACACGCGCAUGUAUGUAUAGCGACACAUUAGUCCCUAAUGCCGCCUCCGCGAGAAAAGAAAAUGUAAAAUUAAUGCGACGCGGAAAAUUAUCGAGCGCUUAUUAGGGAGACGAAAAGGAGGAACGGGCGAAUUUUAGAAUUUUCAUUGACUACUUGUUACCAGGCUCACACGUAUACGUCGAAUGUAAGGGUAUACCAAGCAUCCCUCGAAAUGUUACGAUCGCGCGACAGAUCGAUCGCAGGCGAGAGGAGCAAGAAGAAUUAAUUUUCUUCGUCUUUCGACCAAAACCCUCUUCGACUCGUCAAUUUCCCUCUGUCUUACGUGCCGAAUUAUACAGCGCGUCUCUGCGUAUUUCGCUCCGUAUUUUCGCUGUCUAUUCUAAAGACAACCGUCCUGAAAAAAAAAAACUAUUAUGUUUCACACCGCGUACAAGAAAUCUUUGUAUUGUAUCUUAGCCGAUCGCGCGUUUGAUAUGUCCUUUGCUCUAUCUAACGAACGACGGGGCCGACGAUGCAGAGCUUGAUCGAUCGACUGAUCGUACACAUGGGACGACCGUCAGUGGAAGGGAAACGAAAUCGGUUAGACAGGCUCGCUUGCGUCGCACAAUCAAUCGGCAAAACGUAGUCGCCGAUCUAUCUUUCGCGAUUUGUAUCGCAUAAGAGCGUAAAUAAUUAGAGAUUAUCGAGCGAUUUUUUCGGGCGUAUACGUCGGGCUUUUUUUUUUCCUAGAUAAAAUCGGCGUUCGGAGGCGCAGUCGAUUUCGCCGACAAGCUUUGUUAACGUAGUCUUAAAGCAGCUCACGGCCGUAGAUCUCUCGCCGGAAAAUACCUCGGCCAUAGUUCUAGGUCGCCGAUCGACUCGGCGACUCGGAGGCACACAAUAAUUCGCGCUACACGUUGCGUAAAGAAGAACCUUUUUCUAUAAAGAUAUAUCUCCCUUUUUUACCUUAUAACCACUAAUUUCUAGGGCCACACCUGGUAGACGUCACGUCGCGUGACGAGGACCCUUUUUUUUCACUGAUGAGCGACCCUGUCUCUCGCGGCGAGUCUUCACUCUUCUUUUUCGCAUACGCUUGAAGAUCACUUGGCCUAAUGCGGGAGAUCCGUUUAACAAGCGAGCUAAUAAAUAGCUUAGUAUUCUCGCGCGCUCGUUGCACCUUAUCCCGGGUACAUGAGUCUCGAAGAUAUCCCACGAGGGCUAAACGAGCUCGACGAGUGUUCGCGCGUAUAGUGGACGUUAGAGACUUCGAGGAAAAACAAACCGAGAGGAAAAAGAUAUAUAUAUAUACAUACAUAUAUAUAUAUAUAUAUAUAUAUAUAUAUAUAUAUAUAUAUAUGUGUAUACAUAUUUGCGCUGGUCGCGUUUUUAUUUCUUACGACACUAUGAUACCACCGAGGAUAAUGAUACGAUCGCCGCCGACUUGGCAUCGCGUGACGAUUAGCGACGACGACGACGAUCCCCUUUCCCAAAAGAAGGUCGAUCGCAAUUAAAGUUUUAAGCCCCCGAGGUACGAGAUGCGUGUGCCAAACCUGUACGUGCGUGCGUGCGUGUACACGCUCCAGUUCACAGUUCGACAAUCAUAGUGCCGGAUACGUUAUCGCUCGUGUGCGCGACUUUUUUACAAGAGGGAAGGAAAGGGCACUUUCCGCGUGUCGCAACGACCCGCGGAACGACUCGUUUUACACGAGCUACCAGCUCUCCACUCACGGGGGAGUAAGCGGAUUGUUUUCCGAUCGUUGAUCGCUCGGGACCGUGGAGUAGAAAUGACUCCCGUGCUUCACAUUGCUUCUUACCUUCGUAAGCUUCGAUAUUGCGCCGGCGACUGCACGCGUUCGCCGGCAAAAAAAUGUGUUCGCAAUAAAAAAGAAGAGAGAGAAAGAGAGAGAGAGAGAGAGAUGAGGCACCGAUAAAACGUACAAAAUUUUACCUUAAAAAAACUUUGUCUACAGUUCAACUGCGAUCAAGAGAUUCGCGAGUGUAGAAGAGGCACACAGCUCAAUAUUAUCGAAUUUCUCGAAAGAGACUUUGAAUGAAAAUCUACCUACUCUGAGCGAAAUUUUCCCGAGCGUUUCCACGCGACUUCGUGUAGAUAAUGACGCCUAAAUUAAGGAUGCAGAAAGAGCGUCCGCAUAAUUCUUUUCCGCGAGGUCUGAAGAAUAGGUCUGUCCUCGCGCUUUACUUUCUACUCUGCUUCUAUUGCGCCAGAACCCCUUUCAGUAUUCAGUGCUAAGAAGCCCAGUUCUCAAAACGCUCAUUUCCCUCGUGUUUUUUUAUUACGCGAGAAUAAUCUCUUUAAAGCAAUGCAUAUUAAACGAGGAACCGCUGUUUUGCGGUCUGAAUACAAUUAUAAAAUAUGCACGCGGAUAAAUCUGUGUGUGCGUGUGUUUUUUUUUUUCCCCCCCGGUAAAAUUGGGCGACGUGCGUAACGUUAAAUAAUAAGCGGGAUAAAAAGCUGUGUGUGCAAGUUUCAUCUUGUCGCUCUCUUACGCGAGGCACGCGUGUUUUAUUCAAGGAAAAGAGUCACGCGAAUGGUGUAUUCCGGGCAUGCUGACGAGAUUUUACGCCAGGGAUUGUAGCAGUAAUAUAAUAAUCUCGACCACGAGGUGUGUAUCAUAGCGAGGCGUUGUGAGAGAUGUUACAAAAUGGAUGAGAUAUUAUAAAACAAAAAUUUAUGUUUCUAUAUUGUAAUAACGUUUAUGUAUUACGAGAUUAUUAUAAUGCAAAAAUAUACGUACUAGUUGUCCGGUU